UUUGGACCGCUGGACCCUUGUAUGCGGGGCGCUGCUAGCGCGUUCGGCUGGCCUCCUUCGAUGUUUACGCGCCCGGGCAGGCGCUGAGCCUCCUACCCCACCACACUCCAAACUGCAAUGCCAGGCAUACGUGCAGCAGGUAGCCUAUGGCUCACUAUGGAUUCCAGACAUGAUAAGGGGGUGUCUCCCCAUCGUACAGGUCGUGUUUAUCACGUCACCUCUAAGAGAAUCACUGUCGACACGCCAACAUCAUGAGCGUCAUCAGCUCUUCACGAAAUGCCAACCUUCCAAGGGGGUCGAGGCAUCCUUCUUUCUGUACGCAAUGCAGAGUCUUGGUGCAUCGCCUUACUGUCCCAACCAGAGUGUGUAACGAGAGGCUAUUUAUCAGAAAUGGUUCCAAAUGCCCGCUGUGUUUAUUCUUUGCUGCUAUACUACACGGAAAAUGUUCGACAUCUACCGUUAAAAAGACGGCUCGCUUCCGGCUCUCGGACUAUCAAGGACCGUCAACAAUGGCAGGGUCUCAUGAUUUCUCGUUCCGGAACUAUUAUGUCCAACUGGAGGGUUCUACCGUCUCUCGCUUCAUUCUACCAGAGUCUGGUAUUGGAAAUCUACAAUUCUGUACACUGCCGAGGAACCUCAUUGACUAUUCUUUGCUACAAAAGUGGAUCAAUCACUGCAAGACCCACCAUGGAGAUGCUUGUUCAUAUCAAGGCGAGGCUUCUCGGCUGUGGGCUCCAGGGAGAACUGCACUCAAAGUCAUCGACUGCGCGUCAUCUACAAUCAUUGUAGCACCUCCAGGUGCGGAAUAUGUUGCACUUAGCUAUGUCUGGGGUAGACCGUCAGCUUCCGAUAAACACGACAGUGUCCUUUGCUGUGGCACUGCUACGAAGAGCUUGGUGAACCUGCCAGAAACGAUCAAGGAUGCAAUGAAGGUCACCAUUGAGCUUGGCUACCGAUACCUGUGGUGCGAUAAGUAUUGUUUCGACCAGCAGUCGGAUCCGCAUCAACUACAAAGCCAGCUUUCCAUGAUGGCUAUGAUCUAUUCGGCGGCGGCAGUGACCAUUGUUGCUGCAGCUGGAAAUCACUCUAAUCAUGGGCUACCCGGUGUUAAUGGCAGAAGUCGAACUACACCUCCUUCUAUCACACUAAAUGGCACAACAUGGGUAGCAGCACUAGACGACUUCAAAACACCUAUUCGUGAAUCACCUUGGUCCCAAAGAGCUUGGACGUAUCAAGAGGAGUUUUACUCACGCCUGCAGCUCAUCUUCACUGAGGAGCAGGUUAUCUUUGAGUGCAACACAAUGAGCUGUUUCGAAUCAGUGAUCAUCGAAGACUCAUCUGGCUCAGCCCAGGUGUUCAGCAGGCAGAGCAGUGCCCAUACACGAAGCACUUGGGAUGAUCCGUUUCACGAGCAUAUCGUUCGCUACACAAAACGAUCGUUGAGCCAUCAAUCGGACGUUCUAAACGCAAUGCGAGGCCUCUUCCAGUCAUUCUCUACGCAAAGAGUACCAUGUCAUCAGUAUUGGGGUAUACCGUAUACCAUGGCUGCUUGUGUCGAGAUCCAAUCCAGGUCUAGAAUGUGGUCUCAUCUCUGGGCUCAUGGGAUCCAGUUGAGUGAUGUAAAAGAUCAGCUCAACGCCGCAUUUUGCCGGCAGCUAUGCUGGGUCGUCAAUCCAGAGAUAUCCACGAAGACAGUUCGGCGAAAGGGCUUUCCUAGCUGGUCCUGGUCAGGAUGGAUAGCUCCUGUACUAUGGCCUCGCACAUCCCCUUUGACAUGGGACAAUAUGUUGCCCGUUGAGCUCUAUGCAAUGAAGGUCGAUGGAACAGAUGAACCUCUGACGGAAGAAUUGGUCAAGAUGGUUUUCGAGAAUGACGGCGAUCUUGCGCUCGAUUACACUAAUCAGUUGCGCAUAGUUGCUGAAGUUCUGUACCUUCGAUUCGCCUAUAUCCCAAGGAAACGGCAUCGGUAUUCACACAUGUUUGAUCGUGCGACCAGCACAUACAAAGACGGAAUGUACGCAGCACGCGGUACUAUUGAGAUGAUCUCCGACUCUGGCGAGCGCAGUCUUGAAGAUCAUGAAUGGUCAUUGGACGUCACGAGUCAUGUCGACGAGGAGUUACAUUACUCGCUCUGCAAUCACCUGUUCGAGGGUAUAGUCGUAUGUAAAGACUUUGUUCUGGUUACGCGUACUAGAGAUGGAACGAAGGAGCGCAUAGGGGUCAUGUCUGUUCACAGCCUCGAAUCCGACGGAGACACUGAGCAACAUCCUCGCCUGUGCUUUCCCGGUAGUCGACGAGACAUCUUUCUGGGGUGAUGAGUUCGUCGAGAAGAAUUCUCAGCUGAAAGCCCUUCCAAUCAUAUUUAUUUGUUCUUCCUUUUCAUCGGCGCCACUAUCAAGUGUGACGCGUACUUUCGGUGUAGCUGAAAGCGCCACACUUCUCCUAAGAAGGAAAUCUAUAUGUCCUCUAAUCAGACUGCAGAUAGAGAGGUCCGUAGUCCAAAA